GAAUAACCCCCAAAUGGAAAUAACUGGGAUAGAGAUUGGCAUCGCCUCUAGAUUAGACGAAGGGAAUUCAAGGUUGAGGAAAGCAGGAACUGAGGAGCUUAAAGAAACAAAAGACAUUGCUAAUGAAGAUUAGGCAACAGAUGAUAAGAUCACACCACCUUUUUGGGAGUGGCUCGCCAGUGAGAAUGAAAUUCUUCAAUCAAAGAUAGAGAGGUUGGCAAGAGGUAGGAGAAGGAGAAUCAAGCAAUUGAAACAGAGGAAAAAGAGAAAGCGAGGGGGGUCUCAAAUCAUGAAAGAAUUGAAGUCAAGAAGUGUUUCUAAGAAUAAUAGCUUCAAGGAAGACACAUCGAGCCUGGAAACAAUUAAUAAUCCAGGGGAAAGAAGUGAUUGGAGGGUAGAAGUAGAGGAAUUGUGGAAUAUAGGUAAACAGCUGGGCUUAGUUAAUGAUGGGAAUGCAGUGGAAAUAAUCAGAAGACUAGGUAGAAGGCAGAGGAUUUUGUGGAAUGUUUGGUUUUUGGGGAAGACUGCUAUUCCCUACUUUUUUGUGAAUGUAUACUCACCAUGUGACAAGCAAGGGAAAAGAGCUCUAUGGGAAAAACUAACGGAAUUGAUCAGGGAACAAGGAGGAGGGAAUUGGUGCAUAGGAGGGGAUUUCAAUGCAAUUAGAAGUAAGGAGGAAAAAAGGGGAAGGCAUUUUGAUUGUGCUGAGAUAAGGGAAUUCAACAAUUUUAUUUUGGAUGCAGAAUUAGAAGAUAUCCCUCUGCUAGGUAGAAACUUCACAUGCUUCUGUGUGGAUGGGUGGAACAACUUUAAAAUGAAGGAAAAAUUAAAGAUGCUUAAGAAUGAGCUAAAAGCAUGGAACAAGCUUGUGUUUGGAUCUAUUGAAAAAAAAUUGGAAGAUGUAAAGGCAGAGAUUAGAAGUCUAGAUGAAAAGGGGGAAGACAAUUCACUUACAGAAGUAGAAAUUGAGAGGAGAAGAAUUUGUUUCCACAACUUCAUGGAGUGGAGCAAGGCUAGAGACAAAAUGCUGUUUCAGAAAUCAAGAGAGAAAUGGCUAAAAGAGGGGGAUGCCAAUACAAAGUACUUUCAUGGGUGCAUCAUUAAAAGGCGUAAACAAUGUGGGAUUGAAGGCAUUAUGAAGGAUGGGGAAUGGUUUGAGGAGCCAGAAGAAGUAAAACAAACAAUACAUGAUUAUUUUCGAGGAAAGUUCAAGGAGGAGAAGUGGAAUCGACCAAGCAUAGGAACAAUUCCUGUUAAGAAAAUCAGUGAGGAAGACAACAAGAUGCUUGUAUCUACAUUUACGGAAGAAGAAAUCAAGGAAGCAGUGUGGAGUUGUGAUGGGAAUAAAAGUCCUGGGCCGGAUGGUUUUAACUUCAACCUCAUUAAGAAAGUUUGGCCAAUUAUAAAAGAAGACAUUUGUGCUUCCAUAGCAGAAUUUUAUGAAAGUGGGAAAAUGGUGAAGGAAGGAAAUGCCUCUUUUAUAGCUCUGAUUCCAAAAAAGGAAAAUUCAACAGAGCUAGGAGAUUAUAGGCCAAUCUCCGUAAUUGGGUGUAUGUAUAAGAUUGUCUCAAAUCUUUUAGCAAAUAGGUUAAGGAAGGUGAUGGAUUUCAUUAUCAGUCAAAAUUAGGCAGCUUUUGUUGGAAGGAGAAAUACCAGAUGGCAUAAUCAUAACAAAUGAGAUCUUACAUG